GCCCUGUGUGUAACUGCCUCGCCCGGAGCGGGGCUCCCGGCGGCCGCGGUGAGCGGUGCGAUUCUCCUGCGCCGCGGGCCAGGUCCAGGCGGGACUCGGGGUCUCCGCAGCCGGCGCUGGGAGGCGGACCCGGUAUCAGCCGCGCCUGAACUUUGCGAGAGGGACGGAGCUUCCCCCGCGCCGAGCACCGGCGGAGUCACCCCGCUGAUCGCGCCCCGCCUCGCACCUGGUGCCCCCCCCGGCCGGGCGGACUCUGCGCUGUGACCGGAGCAGCGGCUGCUCCUUUCCCCAGCAGCGGCUUCCCGGGGCCGGGGGGCUCGGCGCUCUCCGGGCGGCUGCCGGCUCGUCCCCCGGGUGCGAGCAGCGCGGCCGGCGGCCCGGGGCCAUCGCUUGCGGACGGAGCGCCGAGGGUAGUCUAAAGGCCUUGUGGAUAGAAAUCCCCUCCUUCUAUGUGUAUGCCACAGCAGCCUAGCCCUGUCUGCCGUUUUAUGGCUCCUGCUACCAGCUUUCCACAACAAUGCAACAGAGCAGUCAUAUUGCAUACCACCUCCAAUGCUAGCAUACCAUCCAGAUGGCUGUAAAUCUUCAGAAAAGCCUAAAUUCAAGUUUGUUCUUCAGACAGAGGAUUCUGUAUGUGAAAACUUCUGACCCAAAAGGAUGGAAUAAGAUUAAUUUUGAUUACUUCAUCAGAACGGAUAGCUGUUGAGAUACAGAACAUGGUCUCAGAAACUGGAUUAAAGCAGUCUUGUUGACAUUUUUAUUUAUACUUUUUUAUUUUUGUAUUUGACUUAAAGUGCCAUGAGAAAAUUUGCAUAUUGCAAGGUGGUCCUUGCCACCUCACUGGUUUGGGUCCUUUUGGAUAUGUUUCUAUUGCUGUACUUCAGUGAAUGCAACAAAUGUGAUGAGAAAAAAGAGCGAGGCCUACCUGCUGGAGAUGUUCCAGAACCGGUACAGAAGCCACAUGAAGGUCCUGGAGAAAUGGGGAAGCCUGUUGUUGUUCCUAAAGAGGAUCAAGAAAAAAUGAAAGAGAUGUUUAAAAUAAAUCAGUUUAAUUUAAUGGCAAGUGAAAUGAUUGCUCUCAACAGAUCAUUACCUGAUGUCAGGUUAGAAGGGUGUAAAACAAAGGUGUAUCCAGACAACCUUCCUACAACAAGUGUUGUCAUUGUGUUUCACAAUGAGGCUUGGAGUACACUUUUACGAACUGUCCAUAGUGUGAUAAAUCGGUCGCCACGACACUUGCUGGAAGAAAUUGUACUUGUAGAUGAUGCCAGUGAAAGAGACUUCUUGAAGAGACCACUAGAAAACUAUGUGAAAAAGUUAAAAGUACCAGUUUAUGUGAUUCGAAUGGAGCAACGUUCUGGAUUGAUCAGAGCCAGGUUGAAGGGGGCUGCUGCUUCAAAAGGCCAAGUCAUCACCUUCUUAGAUGCUCAUUGUGAAUGUACAGUAGGAUGGCUUGAACCUCUAUUGUCACGAAUCAAAGUUGACAGGAGAACAGUAGUGUGUCCUAUCAUUGAUGUAAUCAGUGAUGACACCUUUGAAUAUAUGGCAGGCUCUGAUAUGACCUAUGGUGGAUUCAACUGGAAGUUGAAUUUCCGCUGGUACCCUGUUCCUCAGAGAGAAAUGGACCGAAGGAAAGGUGAUCGGACCCUUCCUGUCAGGACACCCACAAUGGCAGGAGGCCUUUUUUCAAUAGACAGGGAUUAUUUUCAGGAAAUUGGGACAUAUGAUGCUGGAAUGGAUAUUUGGGGAGGAGAAAACCUAGAAAUUUCUUUCAGGAUUUGGCAGUGCGGGGGCACUUUGGAAAUUGUAACCUGUUCACAUGUUGGACAUGUGUUCCGAAAAGCCACUCCUUAUACUUUUCCAGGAGGCACAGGACAGAUUAUAAACAAAAAUAACAGACGACUUGCAGAAGUCUGGAUGGAUGAGUUUAAGAAUUUCUUUUACAUCAUUUCCCCAGGAGUUACUAAGGUAGAUUAUGGAGACAUAUCAUCACGCCUUGGGCUAAGACAUAAACUGCAAUGCAAGCCUUUCUCGUGGUACCUGGAGAAUGUGUAUCCUGAUUCCCAAAUUCCACGCCAUUAUUUCUCUUUGGGGGAGAUAAGAAAUGUGGAGACAAAUCAAUGCCUGGAUAACAUGGCAAGAAAGGAAAAUGAAAAAGUUGGAAUAUUUAACUGUCAUGGAAUGGGUGGAAAUCAGGUUUUCUCAUACACUGCCAACAAAGAAAUUCGAACAGAUGAUUUAUGCUUGGAUGUUUCCAAACUUAACGGCCCAGUCACAAUGCUCAAGUGCCACCACCUAAAAGGCAAUCAACUUUGGGAAUAUGAUCCAAUGAAAUUAACCCUGUUGCAUGUGAACAGUAACCAGUGCCUGGAUAAAGCCACCGAAGAAGACAGCCAGGUACCCAGCAUUAGAGACUGCAAUGGCAGCCGUUCUCAGCAGUGGCUACUUCGCAACGUCACCCUUCCAGAAAUGUUCUGAGAGGUUUUAAAAAAAGAAAAAGAUUGACUGGGCUACCUCGGCAAAUAUUUUGGCUGUGUCCUUAAGUAGCGCAAAAAAAAAAAAAAAAAAAAAAAAAAAGAUUUCUGCUCUGCAGGAUGCAAGGUUCAUCAGAUAUUAGAACUUUAACUCUUCUAGCUUUUCAGUAGCUGUGAACCAGCCUUCCUGUAUAAGGACGUGAAACUAUAUACAUACUAGAGAAACUGCGCACGCUGAUGUUUACAAGAUUGAAGAGAGUCUCUUUCAUCAAAGAAUCAUUCUAGAGAACAUUUGGACAAUGGAAACAUAAUCAUUGAAAUACGCUCUCUGGAGAGCUGCAUAUCGUUGUAGUUUGCUUGCACAUCAGUAACCUCGGCUGAAAGUGCUGUUGUAAUGAAGAGACUUCCAAGAAUUUUUUUCCUGGUUGGCACUGGUAACCAGUAUAUUAAAUAUAGUUACAAAAAUAAAUGGAACAUAGAACUAGAGACCACAUUCAGUAUCAUGAAAUAAGAUUUUUACAGCAAGAAACAUGUAAAACAGGGUUUAAAGGAAAAGAAAUCAGAACUACAAAAAGUACAAUUUGUUAUAGUAAAAUAUCAGAUUUAUAUGUAGAUUUUAUACCUCAGUGAGAAGAAUAACCACGUCAAGCAAUUCUUUCUGUUUUCAGUUGUGUGAUAGUUCAUGGAUUUUUUCAUGGUUGGUCUGAAAUUAUUUUGAGCACAAACUAAAUGAGCUUAAGAACAAAAAUUUGGCUCUUUGAAUGUCAGCUCACUUCUUGUUUUUAAUUUGGUUUGUGAGCUGUUGGAAUUGUAAUGUAUCUUUAUUACUGUCUGAAAACUGGAGGUUUAACAUACUGUCUAACUUUUGUCCAGACCUACCGUUUCAGUUGUACUUGGGUUGCCAGCUUGUAGAAUUUCAUGGCCAAACAAAGGAUUUUAGUGCAUUUUGAACUUAAGUUAACUUGACUGAUGAUGCUUAGUGCCCAAAACUCAUACUACUGUACUACAGAUUUGUUUUCACAGCAAUAAAUAUUUUGUUCUUUGUUUGAUUUCCACUCAUCAGAAAGCCUCCAAAAUGAUUUAUUAUUUUGGUGACAGGAGAUUGGCAUAGCUGAAGGUUUUCUGAAAAUUUUUUCACUUCAUACUCAGAUGUGCUUAAUUGUCAAGUGCAUACUUAGAUUAGAUUCUUGAAUUGUAAUGUUGAUCUGCUGCUUUUUUCUAAUAAAAACUGAAGAAAAAAUGUUAAAUUGGCAUGGUUUUUAAAGUUAACAUAGCCAAAAGCAGUAUGACUGUGUAGAUUACACUAACCUUGCACUUCUGAAUUGAAUUGCUUUAUUUCAUUUAAGCUGAAUCUUUCUGGACUAACCUAGUCUUGAAAAUAAGCCACAAAAUGCUGAGUACUCAGUGAGGUUUUUUUUAAUGGAGAGGAUAUUUUGUACAAUAAAUGUCAUUGUUUGGCCAAUUGUUCUGUGAAUCAAAUUAAAUUUAGACUAAAGCAAAA